AUCAGAGUCUCCUCUUGAACAGCAGCAGCGAAGUAAACCACCUAGAUCCUGGCCUAGAUCCCACCACCAACACCUGCAGCGGAAACGGCCUGUUCAGGAACCAAGUGAGAAGAUGGAAGUGCCGGUUGGAGCAGCCCUGGCACCCCAGAUUCCCAGGUCUAUAUCAGAGUCUCCUCCCCAGCGAUCCCCACCUCAGUCUUCAUCAGCUGGAGAGCAGGAGAAUCCCAGAAACCAGCAGGUUGAACCUGCACUGGAGAAGUCUUGCAACGGUGAUCCCUCUACAGAGCCAAACCAUCACCUGGUGACAAAGAAAAUGGAAUUGCAGGAGAAGUCUCGAUGGGAGAUCCUUCAACAGGAGCAGAAACUUAUGGAAGAAAAGAACAAACGCAAGAAAGCGCUCCUGGCUAAAGCGAUUGCCGAAAGGUCCAAAAGAACUCAGGCGGAAACAGUGAAGUUGAGCCGGAUCCAGAAACAGCUCCAGGCCCUCGAUGAGAUGGUCUCUGCCGACAUUGGGAUCCUGAGGAACAAGAUUGAGCAGGCAAGCUGGGACUACUCGUGUGCCCGGAAGCGUUACGAUAAGGCAGAAGCGGAGUACGUGGCCGCAAAGCUGGAUCUGCAGAAGAAAACGGGGAUCAAGGAGCAGCUCACGGAGCACCUGUGCACCAUCAUACAGCAGAACGAGCUCCGCAAGGCCAGGAGACUGGAGGAGCUGAUGCGGCAGCUGGAGGUGGCGGCAGAGGCAGAAAACCUGGAACUGGAGGUGGAAGCGGAGCAGAUGCUGCAGCAGCAGGAGGCAGAAGCCCGGAGGCAAGCGGCGGAGUCGCAGAGGCCUGCUGCCGUGGGCAUGCAGGAUACGGCCCCACAGGCUGCCGGUAAAGGGCAGGAGAACAAAGACCACGGGGGGUCAGAAGCGCCAGUGGAGCAGCCCACGCCUUCCCAGGCAAGUGGCCACGGUCGAACCGCAAACUCCGAAGAAGUAACUGCUCACAAUACUAGUACAUGAUCCCACAAUCUGGCCAACCUGAUGCUCCCUUCUCCAUCACAUGCUGCAGAGGUAUCUGCUCCGUGGCUACAGGAACCCUCUGAAACGUGGCUGGACGGCAUUGCUUUUCCACUUCUUUUCCCAGUCGGCAUUUUAUUUGUCUGGGCGCUCGCCUUCCUCCCUGCCCAUCUCCCGUGCGCUGUUCUUCCUGACCAAAUGACACGUGGCCCGUUAUGGAAAGGCGGCCGUGCGGAAAGAAACAGUGUUUGACAUGGUGCAUUUGAGAAAAGUCAGCUGGGCCGGGAAGGGGGAAGAGGCUCCCUUGGUGGAAGGUCAAACUACAUCCUGCGUUAACAGGUGACUUUCAUUUACCUGCAAAGGUGCUUCUCUGCGGGGUCCACAGGUCUGACAAGGGGGCUUAAGGAAGGCGCCAUCCGUUGGGUACCUGUUCUCAGGAAGGAGUUCGCACCCUGUGUGCAAACCAGGUCUCCAGUUGUGUGGUUGCACUUUAUUUUGUGCGCAACGGACUCUUGUGCUCCCAGAGGAGGCUUUCGGGGUGCAGCUGUGAUGCUGUUUGUCGCGCUCGACAGUAGCCCUGCCUUUCUGUCUCUCCUCACCAGAGAAGAAUCUGGGAAGGAGGCAACGGCAGUAAUUGCCCGAGCUCCAUCUUGAAUUGCCCGAGGCUUCCUUCAGUGGCCGCCUUCCAUGGGUCUGUGCUAAAUAACAGCUUUGCACCUCUUAUGGCUUAAAGGUUUGCUGUAUCAAAGCGCGAACUCUUUGGGUUGUACUGUAUAAAAUACACCAACAUUUAAUGGGAAAUGCCACCGAAGCAAAGAUGGUCCUUCCUUGCGAUGGCCUCUAACCCUUCACCCCUCCAUUACCAGCCAGUGUGGGAGAUGAUGGGCUUGGCCAACCCAGAACGCCCCCCUUUGGUCACUGGCCGCAGAAAGCGUCCUGCCUUAAUCCCCGUCUGAUAGGUUUUCCUGUGCUGUCAGAGGUGCCAGUCCAUCUUUCUUAUUUGUAUUAUCAAUAAAUGGGACCCAAAUUUCAGUCAACAUAUUUUUCCCAGAUACGCCAUGCGUUGCAUGAGCUCGAUUGUGUUGUUAUUUAUUCUGGUUGCUCUGCGUUCUUUCACUGGGAGUACAAUUGAGUUCUGUUCAGAUUUUUGGCAUACUCUUAUUUUCAAUCUUUAUUUUCCAGUAUUUCUAACCAUUUUACUACUGUUAAAAAUCUAGCCAAAUAAAUUAAUUUCUCAGUAGAGGGUCUUUGAUCUGCCUUACUUUGAAAAGUGAAAAAACGUUUCACAAGAUGGAAUCUAACAGCUUGGGUUACAGGAACAGCCUCACCAGAUAGAAAUCUAUGGGCUGCUGUUUCAUAUAAAUGCAAUACAUCCAUGUAAGGAAAAGCGUUGCAUCUUUUUGCUCUUUGCAAUGUGUUAGGUGGCACCUGAUUCAACCCUCCAUGGUUUGGUAUUGCCCAGGUAUUUGAUUCAAUUUGGUGAACUAUAAGUUUCCCGAUGUCAAAGGUGCUACUUGUCCAUUGUAAAGUAUAACACAGAGAAAUUAAACAAGAGAAUCUUGCCCCC